CUCCUAUUAAUCCAUCGACACUUCUCCCAAUAUUCAUUAUUUCCCACUCCUCACAUCACAACCAUUCAUACCACUCCUGAGCAAUAUGAAGUUCACAUCUUUCGGAGCAAUGGCUUUUAUGACUACUGUGACAGUCAUGGCAGGGAUCCUUCCUUCUCGACAAAAUGGGGCGGUCCACUGUAUCGAUGGUGUCCAAGGUCCAGACCCCGCUAUUCAGUAUGAAAAUGCUGAGUGUGCUGGGGAUUGUGUGUUUAGAGAGAAUUCUCCAGAUGCCAGCUCCCUUGGUAACCUAUGUGCCGGGUCUUGCGAAUUCUAUGCUCCCCCUGCUACAGGACCAGGCAAUGUUCCUACCUCGUACUACAGAUGUACCAACACUUGGAACUGACGAAAAGAGGGUCGUUAUAGUCAAGCAAUGUUUUCACUCAUUGGAUAUUGAAUUCUAUGGUAUGAACAGA